GGACCAAGACAAAUAAACGCAUGGCUUUAUCACCAAGACAUGACACCAACAUUAUCCCCUCCUCACGCACACACACGACACCAAACCAAUACAGUGAAACAAAUACAAGAACAAUAAAAAGUAAAAAAAAAUAAAAAACAAAACAAAGGCAUGAAUGAACUCGAUGACUUUGACUUUUGUUUUCACCUUCUAUUUGUUCCACCGUCACUGGUUUAACGUUAAAUCCCAUCAUCAACAUCAUCAUCAUCAUCAUCAAUAUCAACUAACCCCUUUCCCAAGUUUCAUAAAAGAAAACCUAAUUCAUUAUUUCAUCUUUCCAAUUUCGCAACACACACACAUCCCUUAAUUAUUUCUUAUCUCUUAUCACAAUUAAUUUGCAUCAUAAAUAAACCCAAUUCUUUCUCUUCAACACACACAAACGCUUUUUCCUUUUGCGUAAAACCCUCAACAAAAACCGCAUAAUUGGGAAUAAAAAUAAAAAAACUCUGUGUGCAGGUAAAGCCAAAAAUUAUUAAUUAGGGUUUACAAUUUUCAACACUAUGGUAUCAGAAUCAUUACAACGGUUAUCGUCAUUUUCUGGAGGUGUAAAUAACAAUAUCGGUUACAACAUCAUUGUAAAUUGGUUUGAAUUUGAGACAAGUUUUUUUUCGGUUUUUAAGUUUCUUUGUUGGUGAUUGAUUCUGCUGAGUCAGUGUGAUCAUGAUUCCUAAUCCUCGAACUCGAACUUGUUCUCGGUUUCGUGCUAAUUCGGAGGAAGAGGGCAGUUCUUUGAGGGAUAGGGUUGAGGAAUUGAGCUGUAAUGAGGUGAUUGGUGGCGGUGGUGGUGGUGGUCGUCGUGGUAUGAUGUUUUCGGAGGAGGAUCGUCGUGCUAUUGAUGAGGAGAGAGUUCCUCUUGUGUCUUUGGCUGAUGUUGUCGGUGGUGGUGAUAGGGAUAGUUCUUCUAACCAUCCGAGGAUUGAUUUUCAGUAUAUUGCUAAGCUUGUUGAACAGAUUCUUCCUUUUUCUCUUUUGUUGUUGAUUGUUUUGAUCCGACAACAUUUCCAAGGUUUCUUUGUGACAAUCAGUUUAUCAGCUGUGAUGUUCAAGUCGAAUGAACUUGUUAAGAAACAGACUGCUCUAAAGGGAGAUCAGAAAAUCUUUAUUCUUCUUGGUGUCUCUUUUUCCUUCAUGCUGUAUGUGAUAUGCAUUUACUGGUGGUAUCAAAAUGAUGAUGUUCUAUACCCUCUGGCCAUGUUUCCGCCAGAAUCAACACCACCUUUCUGGCAUGCAAUAUUCAUCAUUUUGGUUAAUGAUAUAUUGGUACGGCAAGCAGCAAUGGCUUUUAAGUGUUUGUUGCUGGUUUACUACAAAAAUGGCAGAUGCCAUAAUUUCCGUCAACAGGCUCAAAUGUUAACUCUAGUUGAGUACACACUUCUGCUCUAUCGUACUUUCUUGCCAGCACCAGUUUGGUACCGAUUUUUCUUUAACAAGGACUUUGGAAGUCUCUUCUCAUCACUGAUCACAGGAUUGUAUCUAACGUUCAAGCUAACAUCUUCAGUUGAGAAGAUCCAGUGCUUAAUUUCUGCUUUAAGAGCGUUGUCAAAAAAGGAAGUUCAUUAUGGGGUUUAUGCCACAACGGAACAGGUAAAUGCUGCUGGUGAUCUGUGCGCUAUAUGCCAAGAGAAGAUGCAUGCUCCUAUCCUGUUGUGCUGUAAUCAUAUGUUCUGCGAGGAGUGUUUAUCCGAAUGGUUUGAGAGAGAAUGGACUUGCCCGUUAUGCAGGACAUUGGUAAAACCUUCUGAUCUGCGGACCUUCGGAGAUGGAUCAACAAGUUUGUUUUAUCAGUUGUUUUGAGCUAGCUUUGUUUAGGAUGGAUCAUAUUAUUGAGCUAAAAAGUAAAAUCUUCCUACCAAAUGCCAUGUUUAGUACUUUGGUUUGGUAAUGUUUCUCAUUAACUAAUGGAUUCUAUGGAAUUGAAAUAAUAAAGAAAAUUACAUUUAUGGCA